AUGCUGCUGCCGCAACUGCCACCAACACUUUCCCACCCCUCGCCUCACCCACCUCGCCGAAGGCAACGAAAUUCUGCUGUUGCCCGAAUCCGGCGCCGCUACAACUUGAAACAACCAAAGGCGAAGUCCACCUUAGACGCUCGCAAUAUUUUCUUAGAUAAUGAUUUUACGUACAUCGAUGAUGUCGAUAGGCAAGGCGAUAGCAACAACCACAUCAGCAUCAAAGGUAACAGCGACCGAAACUACAGUAGUGUGCGAAGUUGCGAGACGAAAAACGGUAACACCGACAAUUGCGCGGACAGCGUAGCGUUAGUCAACUUUAAAGAAUUAGACGGACAUCAGCGUGAAACUGACAAGUGGCUGCAAUUGCAACAACAGGGCAGAGAGGGAUCUGCUGCUACAAUCGUCGGUAAUAACUUUGCGGACGACUACGAUGAUAUCUGUGAUGUUGUCGACAAUGCCGGAAAUCGUAGAUUGCGCCUAAUGAAUGCAGCGCCCCAAUUGCCAAUAAUACCGCAAAGGCAGCAACAACCCAAAAGAGUAGAGUUAGCAACGCAAUGCCACAAAGCGGAUCAUUUGCAACAAAUGCGACAUGACAAAAGCUUUCAUAAUAGCAGCGGCAACACAAGCGCUAACGAUAAGAGCACCAGUAACAAUAACAACAUCUGUGAUUGUGAAAACGACAAGAGCGAUGGUAAUAACGGUAGCAGUGCGCUGAUUGCGGACAAUUGUGAACCGAAAGUAGCAGGCGGCAGCAGUACAACAACAGGAAAAGUUGUUGGCAACAAUUGUGCGGGCGCAUGUAAAAGUGAUAAACGUGUUGUUUGUGAACAACAACAACAAAAACAGCUGGCUAACGACGGGCUGGCCGAUGACCACAAGAACGAUCAACAAAAAAUCCAAAGACUUAGCGAUAGUGAACUUAAACAUAGCAAUAUUAAUUGUAAGGGACAACAAACGCAACAAAAACAACACUGUGUAAGUGUUAAGAUUACAGGCGACAGCGGUGACUUUAGUGAGCUACAAGCGCGCGUUAAUUGCCAACUUGACUCAUCUACAACGACGACCGCGCCCGAUUCGAACCGAUCGACUGCACAGCAAAAACAAAGCCAAAACAAUAGUAUCAACUAUAACAACGAUAAAGCCAACAACAGCGAAAGCGACAGCAAAAUUGAUUUGCAGAAUAAAAUGACAAUAACCACAACGAAUGCGGCGAGUCGCAAGCAUUCGCGCGUCGAGUGUGGGUUGAGAUCAACAGCAACAACCCCAGUCACAAACGCAACGACAGCAACAACAAAGGACUGCGUCGCGACAGACAACGCUUCCACAGCGACCACAACGGAAAUUGCGCCCUGCAGUGUGAGAACAGCGACGAACAUGACUGGCAACACUGCAACAACCGACAUGCCCACGUCCGCGUCCGCGUCCGCGUCCGUGACGAACACGGCAACAACAAUUGUAGCAGAAGUCGCUGCGGUGCAGUUUCGCAACACUGCUGCAUCGCCAACGCCAUCGUCGCGCCCAUCAACACCCUCCUUAACAACUGUGAUCAAAACAACGCUGGUGAAGCGAACGCCUUCGACGGAAUCGUCUAAAACUCCAUCGCCAGUCACUACACCAACCACAAUAACAAAGUCUAUUGUCACCGCGACAGUGUCGGCACGAGCUUACAAUAGUGUGGGCAAUGCUCGAGCGGGAGGAGAAGUAGUUCAAGGCAAUCCGCAGGAAACUACGACGGCUGCGAGACCACGCACAUCCGUAAAACAACGCAUUGCGGCCUUUGCCGCUGGGAAUGAGCAACAAACGCGAAAUCAUGACAACUCCAUUAAGCUACAUCAGCAACAAGCUCAGAAUCACAACCAAAUUCAGAGCAAUGGCAAACAAAACAUGACAAGAAAAAGUGAAGCACAGCCGUGUACAACUAACGGAGAGAGCAGCAAUGCAAGUCAAGCUCAUGUGAUGGGCGGGACGGAAAUUGCAAAAGCGACAGAAACUGCUGCUUCGAGAGCAGCCGCAACGCCUCAAUCAACAUCAGUCUCUGCGGCUCACACAGCAGUAGCUUCGACGCCUGUGACAAGAAGCGCGGGCUCAAGUCUGGCACGCAGCACCGGUUAUGCAACCAUGCCGCGCCGUAGCGUCAACAACAGCUGUGCUGGCGGCGGCAAUAACGCGAAAUGCGGAAGUGGCUGCGCGGUCAACCACAAUGGCAAGGCGGCCAUGUCAGCUGAUAACACGUCGAGUGACGCGACGGCGGACAACUGCCGCAAAUUGGCCGCCACUCUGGACAAUCUCGAUUUAGCUGUGGUGCGCGAUUUGACUGAUGACGACGGCGAGGACUCGUACACGGCCUUCCAGGAGUAUCUGGAGCGAGUAGAGCAACAGCCACAGGCGGAGAAACCACUUUCGCACUAA